GUUUGACUGUCAUUCAUUUGAGUGGGACGAGGGGCCCUUUUCUCUAGUAUACCUCCUACAGGAGAUUUGCGCUCUUGCGGCUGACUUGCGGCUUGCGGCUUGCCAUGGCAAUACCCAAAAAUACCUGUCACACAAGGGGCAACACGCCGUCGAUUGAUGUACAGUCCUCAUGCCCCUAUGCGGGAGUUCAUCAUUGUCACUCAUGGCGGCAGUGGCAUGGGAAAGAUACGUAUCGCAUGCAUGCAUGCAGUCAGUGAUGGUGGAUGCAUCAGACAACCAAGAGAGUCCCUGAGAGUCACACUUCCCCUCCAAAAAAAACAUCCCUGAGACUUCUCUCUUGCAAUGACAGACAUGUCCAUUCCAUCCCACUUAAACCACUCCUUGCUACGCCUUACGUUCCUUGCACCUUCAACCCAAACUCAACCCAUCUCAACCUCUUCAACCUGUUGGUCGGAAACAUCUACACACUACUAAAGCAGGCCCCAUCCCUCUCCCCGUCUGUUCCUAAGGUUAAGGUUGGCAUAAAGCGAUACACGUACAACGGCAGCCCCAUCCCAAGGUUUGCCUCUGCGACUAGCACCCGCCCCCCGUCCACCACUCUCCUGCCUUUGCCCCGCCACGCCUCAUUCUUUCCCCUACACUUCCACAUCCUUCCCGGUCAACAAGGUUCCCAACGCUACGACUUUUUGCGACAAGAGGCUCGCGUCCAUUUUGUUUGCACAGAGCUUUGUUCACUUCUUUGAAAGAUAUCCUUAGGGCAAUAAAGAACUUCUUGCUUCUUACAACAACCACAACCACCUCUCCCACUACACCGCCGACAACCACACUGUCGACCGUUUCAAACAACUUCUAGGCGCCCGAUCUCGAUUACAAACCGGAAAACACACCCGUCACAACCCGACAUCAUGGUCAAACCGAGGCUCAUUAUCCUCAUUCGGCACGCUCAGUCCGAGGGCAACAAGAACCGCGAUAUUCACCAAACGAUACCCGAUCACCGAGUAAAAUUGACACAAGAUGGCUGGCAACAAGCCUACGAAGCUGGUCGCAACCUGCGCAAGUUACUGCGUGCCGAUGACACACUGCACUUCUUUACUUCUCCCUACCGCCGGACUCGCGAGACAACCGAGGGCAUUCUCUCGACGCUGACAUCCGACGAGGAGGAUCCUUCUCCGUUCAAGCGCUCCAACAUCAAGGUCUACGAGGAACCUCGCUUGCGUGAGCAGGACUUUGGUAACUUCCAGCCGUGCUCCGCCGAAAUGGAACGCAUGUGGCAAGAGCGUGCCGAUUACGGCCAUUUCUUCUACCGCAUCCCCAAUGGUGAGAGCGCCGCAGACGCCUACGACAGAGUUAGUGGCUUCAACGAGAGUCUGUGGCGUCAGUUUGGCGAAAAUGAUUUUGCUAGCGUUUGUGUAUUAGUCACCCACGGCCUCAUGUCCCGGGUGUUCUUGAUGAAGUGGUAUCACUUCACUGUCGAGUACUUUGAGGACCUGCGGAACGUCAACCACUGCGAGUUUCUCAUCAUGCGCAAGCAAGAAGAGAGCGGCAAGUACAUCCUCGAGAAUAAACUCCGGACAUGGUCAGAGCUACGCAAGGAGCGGGCCGAGUUAAAGGAGAAGGAGGAGAAGGAACGCAGCGAGGUCGAGGGAAACCAGGAAAGGUCCACCAAGGAUGCCAAGAACGGUACUCUUCUCGAACGCAGUAAGACCUUCAUCGUCACGCGGCGCUGGGGUGGCUGUCCUAACGGGUGUAAUCACAAGAGCCACUACCAGAGGCGAGACGACCUGGAAGCCCUUCGCCGAACGGACGAAGUCACCUCUAAUGGGUCUGUUGUAUCCCGUCGGCAGUCCCCUGCACCAGGACGGCGACCCAUUAAGCGAUGCGAGCAGGGAUACACAUCCGACGAGGGCACCGACAGCGAUGGCCGGCCACCGCAGAUCGACGUCACCCGAGCUCGCCAUGAAGUUGUUUCAUCUCCCGAUGGAACCCCAUCCUUCAUCUCUGCCGAAGACCGUCUACGAAGCAUGAUCUCGCCGCACCUGAAUGUUGGCCGUGAUUUUGGCGGAACUUUCUCCGGACAGACCUCGAUUGCCGGCAGUGACACAGACUCUUCCGAGGAGGAUGGCCACAGACCGGAGGUCACAGCCGUGACCAAGAUCAAGGUUGGCAUUGUGUCCAAUGGAGACAGCAACGGCGCCAAUGGCAGUAUCAACAGCAUCGUCGGUGGUCAAACCAAAGGAAACAUGACACCAAACACCGAAGACGAGCAAUCAGACGAGAAGAGCCGGCGGCGCCGCGCCAACCGCCUUGGCGAUACCAAUAGCAGCCACCGAGGUUCUGAGGCAGACGAGGAUGACAUUGACGCCGCAGAGAAGCGAGACAGAAGUAUUUUGGGCAGUGUUUACUGAACGACAUGACGAAGGCGCCACACGGUGGUUUAUCGCAGGCCACACGAAGCUGAGCGGGUUUCUUUGUGGAAAGGCGCAUCUACGGAUAUGGGGCCUGUGCAGGGUUGCGGCUUUUCUCUUCUCCUUUGCUCAUGCACGAUUUACAUGCUUGCGAUUAGGGAUUCAUAACGCAUUAGACGGGCACGGGUUACUUCAUCGAUGGCGCCUUGCUGGAUUCGUUGUUGUGUAGUUGUUGGUUACGACUUGAGGAGGAUAUACCUAGAUUGCAUGGUGCGAAUAGACAAAAAGGGGCAGUCAUGUCAAUGCCCACAAAUUGAAACAUUUGAGCGUUAUCUGCCAACAUGACUGUUAUGUAAAUUUGAUGUUCAAAU